CCCGUGAAAAACCCCAAUGUCCGGGGGGAUCUUCUGAAAUUUACCCCAACAGUUUCAGUAGGGAGGCAACCCGGCUCACUUAUCAAAUCCCAACAAAAUACCGUGAAAAUCAAAAUGGUGGUGGUGGAUUUGGUGGAGUUCUCCGAGGAGUCCUUCGAUCCAAAGCGAUGGAUAAACGCCGCCCUCGAGUCCCGUCACCCGCAGGACCCCAUCGACCGCUUCUUAUCGGAUCUGGAGGAGAAUCUAAGAUCCGCAUCCGAGAAGAUAUCGGAUUCUCUCGAGCGAGAGAGCUCCGACGCCCUCCGCCGAGUCCCAGCCGCCGUCCGAGACGUCGCUCGCCUUCGAGAGGACGCGAUCCAGCUCCGAUCUGCUGUCAACUCCAUCCUGCAGAAGCUGAAGAAGGCUGAAGGAACCUCUGCUGAACAUAUAGCUGCUCUUGCUAAAAUUGAUACAGUGAAGCAGCGGAUGGAAGCAGCAUAUGAGACAUUGCAGGAUGCUGCAGGGUUGACUCAAUUGAGUGCAAGUGUGGAGGAUGUUUUUGCUAGCGGAGAUCUUUCACGGGCUGCAGAAACUUUGGCUAACAUGAGACACUGUCUCUCUGCUGUUGGCGAAGUUGCGGAAUUUGCCAAUGUAAGGAAGCAGCUUGAAGUCUUGGAAGAUAGGCUGGACGAGAUGGUGCAACCUCGCCUGUCUGAUGCUCUUACAAAUCGCAAGGUUGAAGCUGUUCAAGAUUUGAGGCGGAUCCUUAUUCGUAUUGGGAGGUUCAAAUCACUGGAGCUUCUAUAUAUUAAAAUGCACUUGAAGCCUUUAAGGAAACGUUGGGAAGAUUUUGACUUGAGGCAGCGAGCGAGCAAGCUGGAGACAGAAAAGCUUGGUGAAAGGCCUUCUUCGAUUUCAUUCUCCAGUUGGCUACCUAGUUUCUAUGAUGAGGUUUUACUUUAUCUCGAGCAAGAGUGGAAGUGGUGCAUGAAUGCCUUACCCGAUGAUUAUUCGUCUCUGGUCCCAAAGCUACUGACUGAGACCAUGUCUGAACUGGGUGCAAAUUUUGCUUCUCGUGUCAACCUUGCAACCGGAGAUGUUGUUCCUGAGACUAGAACUCUUACUAAAGGUAUCAUGGACAUUUUAUCUGGAGAUUUGCCAAAAGGUACAAAGAUACAGGAUAAGCAUCUUGAGGCACUAAUUGAACUUCACAAUAUGACUGGUACUUUUGCUAGGAAUGUUCAGCACCUGUUCUCCAAAUCGGAUAUUCAAAUACUCUUAUGUACAUUGAAGGCUGUCUAUUCUCCGUAUGAGUCAUUUAAGCAAAGGUAUGGGCAGAUGGAGCGUGCUAUCCUUUCUUCUGAGAUUGCAGGAAUAGACAUCCGGAGGGCUGUAGCCCGUGGUGUGGGUGCCCAGGGUAUAGAACUCAGUGAAACAGUGCGCAGGAUGGAAGAAUCCAUCCCACAAGUCAUUGUGCUUCUUGAGGCAGCUGUUGAGAGAUGCAUAAGUUUCACUGGUGGUUCUGAGGCUGAUGAGCUUAUAUUGGCCCUUGAUGAUGUCAUGUUGCAAUAUAUCUCUAACCUCCAAGAGACCCUUAAGUCCUUGAGAUCGGUAUGUGGAGUGGAUAAUACUGUAUACAGUGAGGGGUCAAAGAAGGAUGGUGGUGGAUUUGACAGAAAAGAAGGAGCACGGGUAAGGGACAUGGUCUCUGAAGAAGAUGAGUGGUCCAUUGUCCAAGGGGCAUUACAAAUUCUCACUGUUGCUGAUUGUCUAACCAGUAGAGCAUCAGUAUUUGAAGCUUCUUUAAGAGCUACACUAGCUAGGAUUGGCACAAGCCUCUCGCUUUCUGCUUUUGGUUCAACUCUGGACAAAUCUCGUGGUGCUACUACUGAUGAGAAUGCUGAAGUAUCCCUUGCAGGAAGGGCUAGCUUGGAUGUUGCAGCUUUGCGCCUCAGUGAUGUACCUGAAAAGACCAGAAAGCUUUUUAAUCUUUUGGAACAGUCAAAAGACCCAAGGUUCCAUGCACUGCCACUUGCAUCACAAAGGGUGGCAGUUUUUGCAGACACAGUGAAUGAACUCGUAUACGAUGUUCUUAUAUCCAAAGUACGUCAACGCCUAAAUGAUGUAUCUCGGAUGCCUAUCUGGUCUUCGGUGGAGGAACAAAGUGCUCUCCCACUCCCAAGUUUCAGCGCCUACCCACAAGCAUAUGUAACCAGUGUUGGAGAGUAUCUUCUGACUUUACCACAGCAAUUAGAGCCACUGGCUGAGGGCAUCUCCAGCAACGAUGGUGGAACUGAUGAAGCUCAGUUUUUCGCUACAGAAUGGAUGUUCAAGGUUGCUGAGGGAGCCACUGCCCUUUUCAUGGAGCAACUUAGAGGGAUCCAUUACAUCACAGACCGAGGUGCGCAACAACUCUCAGCUGAUAUCGAAUACUUGAGCAAUGUCCUCUUUGCCCUCUCAAUGCCAAUUCCUCCUUUCCUAUCAACAUAUCACACUUGCCUCUCAAAACCUAGAGAUCAGCUCCGGGAUCUCAUCAAAUCGCCUGAACCGGGAAGCCAACUUGACGUCCCCACUGCUCACCUUGUAUGCAAGAUUCGUCGCAUUGCUCUGGACCAAUGAAAUUUUGUUGCCUUCAGAAUUUUCAUGAUUAUUACAAGAAUUCAUACUAAGAGUCGCUCUUCUGUCGUUACUACUGUUCCUGAAUACAUACACGCUGUGCAAAUUUUCUUCGAAGCUUUUUGAUGUAUUAUUGGUAACCGUUGGGUUGUUGGAUUGACUAUCUCACAAUAGAUUCACUGUUAAUAAUAUAUACUGAUGUAUUUGUCUAUUCUUUCCUUUAGGAAUCAUUAUAUUAUCUGAUA